AUGGAUUCCAAUGCAGCGUUAGAGUAUCAAACGUUUAAAAUUCCUUAUGAGACUUUAAAUAAACAAUUUCGUGAAACCCAAAAAUCACUGGGUCGCCAAAGAGCCCGUAUACAAGAUGCCAAAAAUUUGUUAGACACCAAGUUAACUGCCGAAAAACCGAUUACAUUAGAUGAAGUAGCCGCUCCUCUUGCUGAGUUCAAAAAUCGUGUGUCAAUGAUGGAUUCGCUAAUCGAGAAAGCCUAUGAGGAGCAAGCUGAUGGAUUACACGAUCUUCAACACAGAGCGCAUUAUUUGCAUACUGGAGUCGAUGGAAGCCUCACAAGCAUUGAACAAUGGAUGUGGAAUAAGGAGAGAGUGGAUCGUCUUGUUCUUCAGCACUUACUACGGUGUGGUCACCUUGAGACAGCACGAGCUUUUGCUGAGAAAACUGGGCUCGGACGACUUUGUGAUAUUUCGAUUUUUGAAAAGGCUGAUUUGGUAGAAAAGUCACUUCUCAACGGUCAAACGGGUCCCUGUCUCGAAUGGUUGCACGAGCACCGGAGUCGGCUGAGGCGCUUGACAUCUACUUUUGAGACGGAGAUUCGGAGUCACGAUGUAAUGGAACUCGUUCGAGAAGGGAGACGACUUGAAGCUUUAAAAUACGUACGUCGCUUUUUGGCUCAAUCAUUGCAAGAGGGGAAUGAAAAGAUUAGAAAGUUAAUGGCAGCAAUUGCGUGCGGCGUCGAAAGUAAAGCCUUCAGAGAAUUAGAUUCACCGAAAGGCUGGGAAGAACUUGUGCGACUCUUUAGAAUGGAGAAUGCACGGAUAUAUCAGUUGCCCGAACAAUCAAUCUUCUCGGCUUGCCUUCAAACGGGAAUUUGCGCUCACAAGACUCCAUCAUGUGCACCAAAUGCCAAUCCAAACUGCAUUGCCUGUGAUACAACCGUGCACACUCUGGCCGCCGAUCUUCCAUUUGCAAAUGUUUCGAAUUCGAAGCUCUUAUGUGGAUUGACGGGCGAGCCGCUCGAUGAGAAAAACGUUCCGAUGAUGCUCGAGUCAGGUCGUGUUUAUGGAGAGAAAGCUGUUUUGCAACUACGAGAGGGAGAUUACAUCAGGUGCCCUCGAACCAACACGAAAACGCACGUGAAACAAUUAGCCCGGCUCUUCAUCUUG